AUGGUGAAUUCCCAUGGCAAAUUAGAAGUGGCAGUGGUGAACAUCACUGUAGUCAUGGGGACCAGGACUUUCAGCAACAUCAACUUGGAGAGAAAACAAGUGCAGAAGGUCAUUGUUCACAAAGAUUACAAGCCGCCCCACCUCGACAGCGACCUCUGCCUGCUCCUGCUUGCCACACCAGUGCAAUUUAAUCAGGUCAAAUUGCCCAUCUGCCUGCCACAGAAGGAGAGGUCCUGGGACCGGUGCUGGAUGACAGAGUGGGCACCUACACGUGGCUACGGCUCAACCAGUGGCUUAAACAUGCACCUGAAGAAGCUGAGGGUGGUUCAGAUUGAAUGGAAAGUAUGUGCCAAGAGGGUGACUCAGCUCUCCAGGAACAUUCUUUGUGCCUGGAAGGAAGCAGGCACCAACGGCAAGUGCCAGGGAGACAGCGGGGCACCCAUGGUUUGUGCUAACUGGGAGACUCGGAGGCUCUUUCAAGUGGGUGUCUUCAGCUGGGGCAUAACCUCCGGUUCUAGGGGAAGGCCUGGUAUGUUUGUGUCUGUGGCUCAGUUUAUCCCGUGGAUCCUGGAGGAGACACAAAGGGAGGGAAGAGCCCUCACCCUCUCAAAAGCCUCAAGAAUCCCCUUGACUUGCGUUUCGCGAUGCUCCAUAUUGUUAAGCUUGGGGUGUCAAAUACUGCUUGCUGCCAUGUUUGCUGGGGAUAUAUCAAAUUGCUAA